AUGGCUGUUUCGCAGACAUCAGACGAAGUCCAGCUCAGAGUGCAGGAGUGGAUGCAAGCUACCUCAUAUUCUGCAAUCUCACUUACGUCGCUUACAGGAGGUCAAACCAACUUUACCUACCUCGCAAGGCUGAGGCAGGCAUUUGACGGUAAAGAUGGAAACAGGGCGAUGGAAGUCAUGGUUAAACAUGGAGAAGCAUACAUGGCCCGGCAUCCCAUCAACUCCAUCACGAUCGAGCGUUGUAAUGUGGAGGCAGCUUGUUUGAAAAAGCUCGAGGCGAUGUCUCUCCGCCUGCGUAGACAGGAGAGCUCCAGUAUAACCGUCAAAAGCCCAAUAUGCUACCUCUACGAUGAGGAAACGAAUACGCAGAUUCAAGAGUAUCUGCCGAAUGUGGUACACUUGAAGAAGCACCUUCUCAAGUUCCCUCCAUCAGACGCGCCCAUGGAUCUACGUCCGCUAUACCAGAACAUUGGUAGCGCCAUGGCUAAAUACAUUUCCAAAUUUCAUGAGCUCACGAACAGCAUCUUGGAAAGCGACGGGCCGGAUGGGACAGGCUCAUCACUGAAGGAGGCCCUUUACAAAGACAACCAGAUGCAGAAGUUGAAGCACAUGAUCAACUACGAUUGGCUGCUCGAAAGAGCCGCCCAGUUCCCCUAG